AUAAUAUUCUCUUUUUUUCAGUUAACUGUGUGCUUCAUAAUUUAUAGCAGUCUAGUACUUGCCACAGCGUUACCCCUUGAAGAGAAAAAACAACUUGACAGCGAUGCUCUCGAAACUCUAGAACCUUCUGAACAUCAUUGGCCGGGUUAUGGUGGCUAUAGAUAUGGUGGAUUCGGCGGCAUCGGCAUCGGAUUUGGCGGUUUUGGCGGUUAUGGCGGUUAUGGCGGAUAUGGCGGAUAUGGUCGCGGAUUCGGUUACGGAGGUGGAUACGGCGGUUACGGUGGUGGAUGGGGUGGCGGAUACGGUUACGGAUAUGGUGGUUACAGAAGACGUUAUUGGGGUUGAAUCAAUGAUUUAUAAUAAGUUCGCUUAGUUAUAAGUAUGAAUAGUUAUGUUAAUAAACCUUUAAAAUAAUUAA